AAAAUCGAUUUACUGGCAACAAUCCCACUCUUGCGCAAAGAUUGUCUCAUUUCGUUCCAGUAAAUCAGAAAGUGUAGUUGACGCCGCCGUGAAAAAACGUUGAAAAAGUGUUAAUUGCUAUCUCGAACAAGAAGACACAAAAUGGCGGAAACCGAAACAGCACCACAUACAAACGGCAUUGAUACUAUAGCGGAAGAGGACGAAUGCAACAAAACGAGGCCAGCAGAUAUCGAAGCAGAUAUGCGCGAAAUGGAACGCCGCAAACGGGUUGAGGUCAUGAUGAGCUCCCGUCUCUUCCGUGAGGAGCUUGAGCGGAUCGUUGACAGUCAGAUGCGUGAUGGAGGAUCGCACAACAUCCUUCAGCAACUGUCUGACAUCAUGGGAAUGCCUGCAGCACGCGUCGGCAGUGUAUUCAAGAGCUCCAACUGUGUUGUCCCCAUUAAUGAUAUUCGUGGCAUGGAAGCCAUGGGAUAUGAGAAGGGUGAAAAAAUUCUUCGCUGCAAGCUAGCCGCCGCCUUCAGGCUGGUUGACUUGUACGGUUGGGCACAGGGUAUCAACAGUCUGAUAACGGCUCGUCUGAAUGCCGACCAAGAACUCUUCUUGGUUAAUCCGUUCGGUGUUCUCAACCAUGAAAUCACAGCGUCUUCACUGAACAAAGUGAACAUGCAAGGACAAAUUGUCGAGCAGGGGACGACCAACUUCGGCGUGAACACUAGUCAAUUUACACUGCACUCCGUGAUUCAUGCUGCAAGGCCCGAUAUUAGAUGUGCAAUAUACGUCGGUUGCAACGCAGUAGUUGCAAUUUCUGCUUUGAAGCAAGGACUGCUUCCGUUAACCAAGGAUAGUGCUUUGCUCGGAGAAAUUUCUGUACAUACGUACACCGGAGCUCUUAAUGAACCAGAGGAAAAGGACAAGCUGCUGCGAAGUCUUGGGCCAGUGUCGAAGGUUCUAUUGCUGUCGAAUCAUGGCGCCAUCUGCUGUGGCGAAACUGUUGAAGAAGCUUUCUACGCUGUUACUCACAUUGUGGCAGCGUGCGAAGCGCAGCUAAAACUACUGCCAGUGGGGUUGGAUAAUCUGGUUGUAAUCCCAGAAGAAACGCGCAAAGCAAUUUAUGACGCUUCGCGAAAACCUCCGGAGGGUGUUGCAUCCAAUGCUGCAUCUGCAGAUAAUAAGGAGCGUUCACAGGCUCCGAAAUGGCGAGUGGGCGGUGCAGAAUUUGAAGCAUUAAUGCGAAUGUUGGACAAUGCCGGUUUCAGGACCGGAUACAUUUACAGAAAUCCGUUGGUGAAGAAUGAUCUUCCUAAACCGAAGAACGAUGUAGAGGUUCCACCAGCAGUCUCCUCGUUGGGUUAUUUGAUCGAAGAGGAGGAGCUAUUCAAACAAGGCAUCUGGAAGAAAGGAGACUUCCGCAAAGGUGGUGACCGCUCUAGGUGGUUGAAUUCGCCGAAUGUCUACCAGAAGGUAGAAGUACUGGAAACCGGCACACCAGACCCGAAGAAAAUCACAAAGUGGGUUGCGGAAGCUUCGCCAACACAUUCUUCGACGCCGGUUAAGAUCGAUAGCGCAAUGCAAUUCGUCCCUCCUAAUACCAAUCCGAAAGAGUUUAAGCGAAUCCAACAACAGAUCAAGGACUACCGACGAGCAGACAAGAUUUCUGCAGGCCCACAAUCGCACAUUCUGGAAGGUGUCUCCUGGGAUGAAGCAAACCGACUGAAAGAUGCAAACGUUUCUGCAACUGGUGAUCACGUUGUCCUCAUGGGUGCGGCCUCCAAGGGCAUUAUUCAGCGGGGCUACCAACAUAACGCAACAGUAUAUAAAGCACCGUAUGCUAAGAAUCCGUUCGAUUCCGUUACCGAUGAUGAGCUGAAUGAAUACAAGAAAAACCGUCGAGAAGAAGCGACAUGGCGAUUACACCGAUACAGAUUUCUCCGAAUCCGAAGCACUGAGCUCUCUCCAAAUUUCGGAAAAGACUAAGAACCAGACCAUGAGUCCUCCAAGCCAGUCAGAGCCUGAAGACACUGCCGCAGAACACCAGGUGCUUAGAAUAGAAACCAAGCAAGCUCCCAAGCCUAGUCAGCCCGAAGUUGUACUAAGUGAUGGUGAACAUGUACAAAAUGGCGACCACUCGGAUACUCACAUGAGCACGUUUUCACACAGCAGCAAAGAGGACGUGUCAACUGAAGGUUCUCCGAAGAAGGAUAAAAAGAAAAAGAAAGGCUUGAGGACACCUUCAUUUUUGAAAAAGAAGAAGGACAAGAAGCGAAUCGAGGCCUAAAUCACAACAUGAACAGCACUCAGCGACGAUUUUUUUAUAAAAAGAAAAACAACCUUGAUUAUACUAUAUUAUGUCUUUUUCCUGAAUCAUAAAGAAAAGAACGAAACAAUACGGUAGAAAUAUCCGCAUGUAAAGGAAAACUUUAUUAUAAAAAUAUGUCACUUUGAGAUAAGGCGAUAUUCCUAUUAGUAGCGGUAAUCACUCUAAUAAGGCACGCGGGCACAAUAAAAGCAUUUGCAGAUGCAGUCAUGUCACGUCGUAUGAUAAAACAAAAAAAAAUGAAUAAAAUCGGAUCACGAAAAAGAUGUACUCCCCUCAAUAGAUGUAGAAGAUGAAUUUUAUUGUAAAACUGUUGCCACAAACAUCAAUCAAGUGCAUUUUGUUGGUAGGUAUGCGACACUACGCAAGUUAGAACAAAGUUAGAGAACCCGGCUUGAAUAUAUACUGACGAAGGAGGGAUAUUACAUGGCGAACGAUGUUAAACCGACUAAUAGAAAUACAUUGUGAAAGUGAAUCUAAAUUACGCAUGUGUUUGGGUUAUCUAUUUGAAAAUUAUUGUUUAUUUAUUAUCUUUACACAUAAAAACGAGAAAAAUACGUCACUUUGCAGUUGCAGCUGAUGUUGGACGACGUUGAAUAUAAUUAAGGGUACUUGUCGCUGUUUGUCACUCGCUCAUGAAAAAAAAACAUACAAGAGUUAUUCUCGCCUUAAUCAAACCGCUAUUUGAAUGUAAGUUGAGAAGUUUGCUAUAACUGAUAAAGAAAGAUAACCGAAAAAUUAUCACUAAAAUGGGUCCAUUCGUAUGAGAAGAAUAUACAGUGCAUUUUUUUCUAUCAGACACCAUAUUUGACCAUCAUUUUCAUUUUUGCAUUUUACGGUUAUUCAAAAAAAAGUGAAUAAUUUUGCUUUUAUAGCGAUAAUUCCAGUUGUUCAUUCAAUCACUGCAGAAUAUUGUAGCAUUAUCGCAUCAUUAUUAUUUGUUUUUAUUACAGUGGAUUUUCGCCCUUGGCGAACUGUCCAUUUAUGAAUUAUUGCAGUAAGCAUUGAAAAUAAUAUAUCAGAUAUAAUUAUAGUGUAAUAUGUUUGUAUUAUUUGUUUGUUUGAAUAUUUUUGGGUUUUAAUAUUGGUUAAAUAUAAGACAAAUGUAUCAAAUCCUUUAACAUGCAAAUAGCGGCAUUGAUAUGUGCGGAAGACUCACUUACAAAUCGCACGCAUCACGGCUUUUUACAGCGCUUGUUUUUUUAAGCGGCUCAUUAGGUUGCUUUAUGUACGCAAAGAUGCUCAUGUCCCACAGUCUACCAGUGUUCAUUAACAAAAAAAAAUCGAAACAAAAAUACAUUUUAGUAGAGAUAUGCUGCCCCCAUCUAAGUGGCUAAAUAUACACACAAACAAAAAAAUGAUGUGACAUGGCAUUUGAAAAUAGUGUGAGAUUUGUGACGACAGGUAGAGGACAGCAUCAGUUUCCAUCCAACAAGAGGCAGUUUUUAGAUUUUUACCAGCGUAAACCUGGAUAAAACGUUUGCCUCUCUGCAACGAGUAAAACAACUUCGAUUAUAUGCUUCAAAGUGUUCAAGUAAUUAAAAAAAAUCAAUGAUAUGAAAUAAAGCGAUAACAUGCUGAUUGACUCUA